CACGUUGUCAGCUUGGUGGGCAUAACACAAGCCCUACUCCGGAGGAAUUCAUCAAUAUUCCCUAUGUAUUUGGUGAAUUCUUUGCUCAAGGGAACGCUAUCCACGCAGCUUCAAAAUUCAAGGGCUCGUUACACUUGCCUGUAAGUAAAUUUCAAGCCUCUUUAGAGAUGCUGAGUAGUUCCGGUCAAUGAGCAGACAAGCUAUUGCAGAUUGUAAGUAUCGGUUGAGCUGCUGCCAUCUCUUUCCUGUGGACAUAUCGCCAUGGGUAUGAAAUUUGGCUGCAAAUGUCCCAGCUUCAAAGUAAUGCCUUGACCAUUGUUAAUAAGGUUUGUGUGCAAAAUCCAGUUGGCAUGAUGGACAACCCAUGUGGUUUUCGGCCACAUACCACAAACUCUUGGCACUUCACGGGGAAGGCCGUGUGGAACAAAAUAUAGUUGAGGCUGAAGAGGGCGGUGGGCAGUUCAGAAAAUGUAGCUGCAGCUCUGGAUGCAUACCCUCAGAGCCUUGUGAGGUGAUAUAUCAUCCAGGUAGAGGCAGGGAUCUACGAUGGGUACAUUACAUCACUGUCCCAAAAAAUGAGUUGAAGGAAUUUACCUGCUGUGGUGAUGGAGGCAGAGUAGCAAUAAAAAAAGAGGAAAAUUUUAAUACGAAAUUAUGUCCAAUAAAUUUUUAAAAUUAUUGAUCAAAUUUAGCAAACCAGCGCAGCACUCGUGGGUGUUGUCU